GUGAGCUUCGCUCCGACGAAAAUUUGUCUCUCGUGUAUUUUGAGCAACACCAACGUAGCAUUAUAAUUCUACAUCCAUUCACUUUUUUUCUGUAUGUCAUAUUUAAUUUUACUUAUUACCACGAGCUUUGACUUUUCUUCUUCAAUCAAUUUUCGAAGAAAGCUCACUAUGAUCUUGUGGUCCAGAUUUGGUGCUGUGUUUUAUUAGCAGUGCUUUCGUACGUGCCCAUUGAUUACACUAAUGCCGAUUGUUAAGUGAUUAUUGUGUGAUAUACAUAAUACAUGAUUUUAAGUGAGUGACAAGAGAGUGACAAGUUUACAUUCGAGUUACUUUUAAAAAGUUUGUGUUAUUGCUACAACGAGUCAUUUUGGAGUCAUCAAAUUAAAAAAAAAAAAUUAGUUUAAAAGUGUAGUGAAUUUUAGAUCUGUCAUUGAGUCUUUCGUUUACCAGAGAUAAAAUAAUAGGGUAGAGUCUAUAAAUCUCUCUCUUCAGUGCAUUCGGUAAAGUCGCGUUCAUACUUUGCCGGCCGAGUCAACCCUUAAAGAGGCGGUACACUCAUCCACCCCAAUUUGUUAAUGAACUCCCUCUAAUGCGUAAGAUUAAAUAGUAUUGUAUUGUUAGUGUGUUUAAAAGUUUUUUGCAAAAGUAAUCGUGCUGGCAGUAACUGCGAGAAUAUCGACGGAUUAAAAAAAAGGUGCAGCAAAGCAGGCUUUGCGGCGAAUAGCAGUACAUUCGAAUGGCGUUCCAACGCGGCAGGAAAAAGUCGCCCAACAAGUGCGACUGGGCUUACGGUCUUGUGCUACGGCAGUUCUAUUCUAACAGUGACAGAUACUUGAUGUAAAAAAAAAAAAAAAAAAAAAAAAAAAAAAAAAAAAAAAAAAAAAAACACGUGAGCUAAAUUAAAGAUAAAAGCACGUACAAGAAGAAAAAAAAAGUUUACCCAUACGACUGGCAACAGUCAACAGUUUUAACUCUGAUGCUCAAGUGACCAACAAGUGGGUAUGCUGUGCACUUUAAAAGUGUAGUAUACUUAAAGUUGAUCGAACCUCGACGCCGCCCCUUUUUUUUCCUUCCUCAUUGCCCGUGUUGUUGGCAACACGGAGAUUUUUCACAGUGAACGUGCACGAGGGUUGUUGCUAAACACCCGACCAGUGCCCGUAACAACAGCAGCAUUGCAGGCGUUUAAUUCAAACCUCAUAAGAACCGACGACGGUUACCUCGUCGUCGAGGCGCAGCUGCAGCCGAGGGUACGAACUACCUCCUCGUCGCCGUCGUCGUCAUCGUCGUCGCGCGACAGCCGGAGGAACGACGCUGCAGAGGAGCUGUCCUCCAAAUCCAGGAGAAGCAGCGCCGCCGGAGCGGGAAAAAUGUAUCCCAGCGCAGGCAUCAAUGCGGCCGCCGUUGCCGCGGCUGCAGCUGCUAGGCAUCCGGUACCACCGCAGCCCGGCCAGCCAUACAAGUUCACAAUACUGGAGAACUGCGACCGAAUCAAAGAAGAAUUCGGCUUCCUCCAGGCGCAGUACCACAGUCUUAAGUUGGACCUGGAAAAGCUAGCCCAGGAGAAAUCGGAAAUGCAGCGGCACUACGUCAUGUACUACGAAAUGUCAUACGGCCUCAACGUCGAGAUGCACAAGCAGACGGAAAUAGCGAAGCGACUGAACGCCAUCAUCGCGCAAAUUCUGCCGUUCCUCUCGCAGGACCAUCAACAACAAGUGGCCACUGCAGUCGACAGGGCGAAGCAAGUCACCAUGACCGAGCUCAACACGAUCAUUGGACAACAGAGGCCUGACUUGCCGAGGCUGCUACAACAGAUGCACGCACAACAAUUACCACCUGGCGCUGCGAUGGGACCACAUCCGGGUCCACUGGGCCUACCUGGCUUGGGUCCCGGGGCGGGAAUGCCGGUGCCCACCUCCGCCUCGGCCCUACUUGGCUUGGGACUACCUCCGGGGGCCGGCGCUGCUCCUGGUGGCUCGGGGCAUCCGCUCAACAUGCUCGCCAAGCCCGAACUACACAGCAGACAGUCCGACGAUCUCAAGACUAACGGCGGUCUGAAUCCGGCGGAGGAGAGGCAUAGGAGCUCAAUAUCGCCAGCCGAGCGUGAAAAGUACAGUAGGCCGCGCAGCACGCCAGACUCGCAACACCACGACCACAUCCAUCUAAAGAAGAUGAAAAAGGAGCAGGACAAGGACAUAAGCCACCAGAGCGACGGUGAAAAAAGCGACCAGGACUUGGUUGUGGACGACGCGAGCGAGGACGGCCGAGUGACCAGUCCAGCGGCAAACGGGACGUCGUCACCCCGGGAGAACGGCCUCGACAAAUUGGGUCCCUCGUCCGUGUCCCUAGGCGGCCAGGUGAAAAAGGAAGUGCCACCCCCAUCGCCUCGCAGCGGUACCAGCAGCAACGCGAGCACCCCCUCGGCCAAAAAGAUGGAGGACCGCGAGAAGCCCACCACACCGAUCUCCAAGCCCGUCACCCCAACCUCCGCCGGAGGCAGCAGUUCGGGUUCAAGUGGCUUGAAGUCCUCGAGCUCGAGCAAGCCGCUGGUCUCGGCAGCAGCGAUCGGCCCCUACCCGCCUCAUUAUCCGCCACCCCAUCACCCUCCGGCCGGACCACACGUUGACAUGCUCGGCUACCCGACUGCCGCUCUAAAUGGCUACCCGGCUCGACCGCCCCUCCAGCAGCUCUACGACCAUCACGGCAACAUGAGGGCGCCCCUCGGACCGCUCGCCGUUCCUGGAGGCAAACCAGCUUACAGCUUCCACGUGUCGAGCGAAGGGCAAAUGCAGCCGGUGCCCUUUCCGCCGGAUGCCCUGAUCGGGCCGGGCAUACCGCGCCACGCGCGCCAACUGAACACCCUGACCCACGGCGAGGUCGUGUGCGCCGUGACCAUCUCGAACCCCACCAAGUACGUGUACACGGGUGGCAAGGGCUGCGUCAAGGUCUGGGACAUCAGCCAGGCGGGCAGCAGCCAAGCCAAGCCCGUCUCGCAGCUCGACUGCCUCCAGCGCGACAACUACAUCCGCUCGGUCAAAUUACUGCCCGACGGCCGUACCCUCAUAGUCGGUGGCGAGGCCAGUAAUCUUAGCAUCUGGGACCUGGCCAGCCCAACCCCGAGGAUCAAGGCCGAGCUAACGUCCUCCGCACCGGCUUGCUAUGCCCUGGCCAUUUCUCCAGACUCGAAGGUCUGCUUCAGUUGCUGCAGCGACGGGAACAUCGCGGUCUGGGACCUGCACAACCAGACCCUGGUCAGGCAGUUCCAGGGACACACGGACGGCGCCUCGUGCAUCGACAUAUCCGCGGAUGGCUCCAAACUUUGGACGGGAGGCCUCGACAACACGGUCAGGUCUUGGGACCUGAGGGAGGGCAGGCAGCUCCAACAGCACGAUUUUUCGUCCCAGAUCUUUUCCCUGGGCUAUUGUCCGUCGGGCGAGUGGUUGGCCGUGGGUAUGGAGAACUCGAACGUGGAGGUCCUCCACGCCAGCAAGCCCGACAAGUACCAGCUCCACCUGCACGAGUCCUGCGUGCUCUCGUUGAGAUUCGCCUCGUGCGGCAAGUGGUUCGUCUCGACCGGCAAGGACAACUUGCUCAACGCCUGGCGCACGCCUUACGGUGCUUCGAUAUUCCAGUCCAAGGAGUCCUCGUCGGUGCUUAGCUGUGACAUUUCGACGGACGACAAGUACAUCGUCACGGGAUCCGGGGACAAGAAGGCCACCGUCUACGAAGUGAUAUACUGAAGCGCCGACGCGUUUGUUCAUAUAUAAAUAAAACUUAGAAAAGCUAAGCUUGUUAAGAUAUUUAUCAAGAGGCAUUGUGCGCAAGAACGAGGCCACGGAAAACAAAUGUCUCGAGUACCAAACUUUUAUGCUAAAAUAUCAGCGGUGCUAAGGAGGAAGACGCCGUCGAUGAUGCCAUGUUUCACGGGGAGGGUUGUACGAUGAUAUCGAUAAGGGGAAUUGCGUUUUGAAGAUAUUUUUUCUAGUACAGCAGUGAACUUUCGUUUCUAGAGCUCAUAUUUUUACUGAUUUCAAUCGUUAACUUUUUUUUUUACAAUUCACUUUGUUCAUCAAUACUUAAAAAAAUGUGUGGAUGAAAUUCUCAACAUUUUUCAACGUAGCCAUCGUUUGAGACCAGCAGCUCGAAUUAGUUUUUAUUUUUCCAAAAGAUCGUAGGCAUUUAGUUAUUUAAUAUUGUAUAAAAAUAAUAAACUUAUGUACUUGUGUAAGUAGAAAGUGUGCAUGAGAUGUGAUAAUGUGAUACAGAGAGCGAGAAAGUGGGUAAGCGACUGGGUUUGUCAAAGAGAAAUUUGUUUCUUUCGGCAGUUUUCGUGUCGCAACCGAAACACAUGAAUAUAUUGACUUUGUAAUAUAGAUUCAAUUAAUUUUUAGCUGCGAUUGUGCGAAUUGAAAAAAAAAAUAAAAAUAAAAGUGUGCACGAUGAUAUUGCGCGCGAGUGUGUAUAUUAAUUAUAAAUGUGACAAACACAUUUUUGCUGAUAUAUAUGCCUGCGUGCAGUAGUGAGAAAUAGACAGACGACGUACGAUCACGAAAAAAUAGAAAACAAAAACAAAAAUAAAAAAAUACAAAAAACGAAAAGCUCGCCUGCAAGCAGUGAAAGUCGCAUCGCUUCUAAAUUAUUCGUAUAUAUAUAUAAAUAUGUGUAUGUAUGUAGGCCAUUGCGAUACGAAUUACACCGCAAGGGUUUGAAAAUAAUUAAGUAUAUAGGGGGCAGCUGAGAGAUAACGUGAAAGUAAUCUUUAAGUAAGUGCAUAAAGCUACGGUGCGUUUACAAUUUCUUACGUCAUGGUGAUUAAAAAAAAAAAUAAUAAUAAUAACAAUAAAUACAACAAAUGAAGUUUAAGAAAAAAAAAAAAAAAAAGGAAAAAAGUACUACGAUCAUAAAUCAACGAUAGAGUAUUCGCCGCACGACAUCGACGAUUCCUUGAUGUAUCUCAAUGCAGCGGCUGUGCACGGGGAUAUAUAUAUAUGCACACGUAUACAUACGUUCACCCAAACACACACGUACACAAACACUCACACAUACUCAAGAAUACAAUAUGUUGAUGAUGUACUUGAUGAAAGAAAUAAAUGAGGAAAAAAAAAUUAAAAAAUCAUGUAACGUCACUCACUGCGAGGUAUUGGGCGAAAUAUUUUUGUGACUGGUCGUCGUGUAACGGCUCAUUUGAGGCAAAACAAGGCUUGUAUGCAAAGAAAAAUAUAAUUUAGUAAAACUAAAUCAAUGAUCCCAAAUCAGAAUCCAUUAAAAAAAAAAAAAAAUUGUCGUUUACCUCGAUAAAGCAAAAAGACCUUGAAGUGCCUCAAAUCGAGCCAAAGGGCCUCUUAUAAGAUAGCGCAAUAUUGUUCGAAGCCAGCUGUGAGUCAGAACAUUAUGCAGAUGAAUUUAUAUUUUGUUACAGGAAGACAUACCCACAUACAUUAACGUGAAAAAUUAUUAAUCGCAAAAAAGGCUGUGAUUGUCUCAAAGCCCCUGCCUUACUUUAUUGACUAUUAAUAAAAAUGGAUUGUUUAUUUACUGAAAACAUAUAUACAUACUUACCGAUGAUGGUAAACAUCAAAGAGCUUAUUUAAAGUGAUGUGCGUGGGUGACUUUUAAACGAACGAAUAAAUGAACACAAAACAAAAGACGAGUGGCUUUGGACGAUCACAGCCUCCGAUGAAUAGACCAAUAGAUGAAAAACGACUAUUAUACUUCAACAAGACUCAAUAGAUUUUAUUAACCACUAAUGAAACAACUGUACAAAUCGAUAUUCUUUUACAGUAUAAAACAGGGGAUUAAAGUAAAUAAUAAUUGCAAGAAAAAAAAAAAAAAAAAAAAAAAAAAAAAAAAAAAAAAAAAAAAAAAGUAUAUACAAAACUGACCGGUGAAUAGGGGUAUGAAUGCAGCAUCCAUAAAUCUACGAAACGAUUAUCGUUAUUAUUAUGAUUGUAGACUCACUCUGAACCGCAUCUUUUUAAUUGUCACCUAUACAAUAAUACUACAAAAAAAAAAUCCUUUGUGUUAUUUCGUAUACAAUUUAAGCUGUAUCAUUGUAACAUCCUUUUAUAAUUAGCGUGGCAAAUUGAACUGUUUUUAAACACCUUGUCCCUAUACCGUAGAGCGAUUCUCGAAGCUGUUUUUUCGUUCAUUUGAUUUUUUUAGUAAAAAAAAGAAAAAAAAAAAAAAUCAUUUUCCAAGCACACUGUCCAUGUUGUUCCUAUAGUUACGCGAAAAUUGUUUUCUUUUUGGCAAUUAAAUUGUAUACAUGUACGUAUGCAUAGAUGUGUCGGCUUACUCAUUUAUGUAUAUGUGGAUGUA